AUGGUGAUUGCAAACAAUGCACUACGUAAUGAAGCCAAACUCCGUACCUCACUUUCCGCCGAAAAUGUUAUCAAUCUGUUCGUGGCUGUCAUCAUGGACAACUUUGACUACCUGACUCGUGAUUGGUCCAUCCUUGGCCCGCAUCAUCUCGAGGAAUUCGUGCGAUUAUGGUCCGAAUACGAUCCCGACGCGAAAGGUAAGAACGAAAUCAAACAUCUCGAUGUGGUCACGUUGCUUCGAAAAAUUUCACCUCCACUCGGGUUCGGAAAACUCUGUCCACAUCGUCUCGCCUGCAAGCGCCUCGUAUCAAUGAAUAUGCCGCUGAACUCGGACGGUACCGUAUGCUUCAACGCUACUCUUUUCGCUCUAGUUCGGACCAACCUCAAGAAUUUACAC